GUAUGGUUGUGGCAUGGAAAUAUGUCAAAAAUUGAUUAUUCUGUGAGUACCUCAACAAAUACUGACAUAUUUGUAAUUGUUAACAGAACAAUUGUUUUACAAUGAAAAUAUAUUGAGACAAAGAAAUAAUUGAAAUGGAUACUUUGCCAACAGAAUUUGACUUGAUAGUGGUAGGAACAGGUCUGAUUGAAUCAGCUGUAUCUGCUGCAGCAAGCAGAAUUGGGAAAAGAGUUUUACAUAUAGACAGCAAAGAUUAUUAUGGUGGUCUAUGGGCAUCAUUUAAUCUUGAGAACAUUGAAACUGUUUUCAGUAAACCUCAAUCCAAUAUACAUAAUGCAGGAUCUGAAGAUGUUCAGUUGGAUGCAAAUCAAAAGAAGUUAGUUAUUGGAAAUGAUUUGUUUGAAAUAAUAGAUAUUGAGCAAGCUUGGCAUGUCUUGGAAAAGGAUAAAGAUUAUGAUUCUUCACUUUUGAAAACAAAAGAUGUGGCUGAAGCAGCUCUUGAAGUAAGCGAGGAAUGCAAUGCAGAAAGUGUUGAUGCUGUAACCAAAGAAGUGCCUGUAGCAGUAGAGGCUAAUGCAGAAAGUCUUGUUGAUGAAAUUCAAGCAAUUGCUGUACAAGAAGCAAUUGAAAAAAAUAAUGAUGUUGACAUACAAGAAGGUGCUGUAGCAGUAAUUGAGGCCAAGGAAAAUGCUGAAAAAGAAACUGAUCCAGUACUGGAGGUGAAGGAAGAAUUUAAUGCAACAAAUGAUAUUCAUGUUGAAGCUGAAGAAGCACAAAUUGUUGAGGAGGAACAUUUAAAUAAUGUUACAAGUCUUGAAGUUUCAGCAGCUGCAGUUUUUAAACCAUGGAGCCAAGAAAGCAUUAUGAAACAAUCCAGAAAGUUUAAUUUGGAUUUAACUCCUAAGGUACAAUUUUCUCGAGGAGAAUUUGUUAAAUUGUUGGUUUCUUCCAACAUUGCUAGAUAUGCAGAGUACAUAGCAAUUGGGCGUAUCUUGACAUAUUUAGAUGGCAAGUUGAUACCAGUCCCAUGUUCUAGAUCUAACAUAUUUUCUAGUCCACAUGUGAAUGUGAUUGAGAAGAGAGUGCUAAUGAAAUUAUUAUCUACUUUGAUGGACAGCACUGACAAAGAUUUUUCAGAAUAUGAUGGCAAAACAUUUAAAGAAUAUUUACAAGAUCGUAAACUUUCACCUGAAUUAAUUCAUUACAUCGUCUAUUCAAUUGCACUUAGCGACGAUGAGACCUCUUGCUCUGAUGGCGUUAAGAAUGUUAAAAGAUUUUUGGCAAGUUUAGGUAUAAUAGGUCAAACGCCGUUUAUAUAUUCCAUGUACGGUAGUGGCGAAAUUCCACAAGCAUUUUGCAGAUUGAGUGCAGUUUUUGGUGGUACUUACGCGUUGAAUCAACCACUCAGCCAUUUUAUAUAUGACGAAGAGCACAAUUUCAAAGGACUUAUUUCUGGACAACAAAAAAUAACAGCAAGUAACCUUGUAACUGGUUUUGAAUAUGCACCAAAUGAAAUGGUUGAGAAGAAAGAGAUGUCUUAUAUUUCUAGAGGAAUAUUUAUCACUGACAAGUCUGUUUUGGAGGCGGAUAAACAAAAGACUUCUUUGAUAUUGAUGCCUUCAAAAGAUGGAAAAACUCUUUGCCACAUUAUAGAAGCUGGUCAUUGGUCUGGUGUAUGUCCUAAGGAUUUAUAUAUUGUUCAUAUGUCUGCAAGAAGAACUGCAUCCGCUAAAGAAGAUCUCAAAUAUUACGUCGACACGUUGUUUAGUAAUGACCCAAAUGAUACUAAACCGAAUGUUUUGUGGUCUUUCUAUUUUGCUAUACCAGAUACAAAUGACAAAGAUUAUACUCAACAUAAUUCUAAAAAUUCAUUCUUUUGUCCAGGCCCUGAUUCUGAUUUGGAUUAUGAUAAUUCCAUCCAAAAGGCUUCAAAAAUAUUCGAUGAAAUAUAUCCAGAUUCUGAAUUUCUUCCAAGAGCUCCGGAUCCUGAUGAAAUUAUUUUUUGCGAUGAUUCUGAUGAAGCAGCCGAAGAAGUUAAAGAAGCCGGAGCUGGAGAUUUGCCACAAGAAAUAGAAAAAACCGAAGAGAAACAAGAUAGCGCUGAAAUUAGUUUGAACUAAUUUUUUUUUAAUGUUUCAUUGCUUUUAAUCGAGCUUUUAUUAAUGUUUGCUUAAAACUGUACGUGUGUUGAAGUGUAUAAUCAAAAAUAUUACGUUAAAUUUUAUCACCAAUAUUGUUAAAUGAAGCAUUUAAUAAAAAGUACG